CUAAAUGCAGUUUAGCCAAUCCUUCCUGAGAGUUGUCUCGGACAUGAACCCACAGAAAUUAAAAAUUUUGAAGCUCUAAACACGGCAUAAGGCGCUUGACAUUUCCACCAACGUUCCGGUUUCGCCCAUUCAGAUAGAGAACAGGAGAGAGAAAGGGAGGAAGGAACCUCUGAAACUCCCUCUCUCUAUCUCUCUCUGUGUUCACCAGAUCUCAACUACCGUGGACACCCAUUUGAUUCUUCCCUGUAUUCUUCCAUUCUUUUGGUUCAUUUGACCUCGGAAUAGUUUAAUUGGUCUAUUUGUGUCUUGACAAUACGCAUUAGGGAUGCCGAAUUGGGAGCUCAAAAACUGUUGUAAGCAUGACCAGGUCGUGUUUCUGACGACCGUAGGAAUCUGUACUGUUGCAAUCCUCGCGCUUUGGAGGACAAUAUUUUUGACACCAUUCAAGCUCAUCACUGUUUUUCUCCACGAAGCAAGUCAUGCUAUUGCUUGCAAACUAACAUGUGGUCAUGUGGAGGGGAUCCAAGUUCAUGCAAAUGAAGGUGGAGUUACACAAACUCGUGGUGGUGUAUAUUGGUUAAUUUUGCCUGCUGGAUACAUUGGUUCUUCAUUUUGGGGAAUGGUUCUUAUACUGGCAUCUACAAAUCUUCUAACUGCAAGAAUUGCUGCUGCAUGUUUUGGUAUAGCCUUGCUUAUUGUACUAUUUGUUGCUAAAAAUUGGACACUUCGAGGACUUUGUAUUGGGUUUAUCAUUUUCCUUGCCGUAAUUUGGCUUUUACAAGAAACGACGAAAGUCCGCAUUCUUAGAUACAUCAUUAUGUUCAUUGGUGUAAUGAACAGCUUGUUUUCAGUAUAUGAUAUAUAUGAUGAUCUAAUAUCCCGAAGAGUUCACACCAGUGAUGCUGAAAAGUUUGCAGACCAUUGUCCAUGCCCUUGCAAUGGUGUUGCAUGGGGAGUUAUCUGGGGAUUAAUAUCAUUUUUGUUUCUCUGUGGAGCCAUGUACCUAGGACUUGUCGUCUUGUCUUGAGGUACCACUUGCUUACAUGAUCAUUAUUUUAUUAUAUUCUUACAUGCAGAACCUGCUAUGUCUUCAAUGAGGUAGUUUUGGGCUUGAGGAUCCUGAACCUCUCUAGUCAAAAUCUCAGGUGUCAUUUUAUAACAGCUAAUGUGGUUGAACUGAAUGACUUGUUGCUUUGUCUUUUAGUGGAUAAGUAAUGGAAGAGAUUGUGAACUCCUUAAUGGCUGGAGCUGAAGUUGAGUUGAUUAAUAUGGUUGAAUAUUUUA